AUGGGUUAUCUUUCAUCCAUAGGCUUUGUUAAGACAAAAUUGGAUGCCUCACUACUUAUCAGACAUGCUGUAGGUGAUUCGUUGUUCGACCUCGUCUAUGUCGACGAGAUUAUUAUCACUGGGAGCAAUACAUUAAGUGUCAAUUAUGUUAUCACUUCCUUUGCUUCUAAGUUCUCUAUUAAAGAUUUAGGUAAUCUUCACUUCUUUCUUGGCGUUGAAGUGAUACGCAACUCUAACGGUUUAAUUCUCACCCAAGCAAAUUAUGUGAAUAAAAUUUUAAAUGAUGAGCUAAUGACCGACCACAAGAGUGUUAACACGCCAAUGAGUGCAUCAAAGUUACUCACCUUUUCUGAUGGAACUCAUUUGACUGAUGUUACACGUUAUCUCCGAGUCUUGGGUAGGCUUCAAUAUCUAUCCUUCACUAGACCUGGCAUAGCCUAUGCAGUCAACAAGCUUACUCAAUUUAUGCAAGCACCAUCCGACCUUCACUGGAAAGCUAUUGAAGUGGGGACAUCGUUGACAUCGUUUCUACAUCUGGUUACAUCUUGUUUCUUGGUCACAAUCCGAUUAGCUGGUCCUCAAAGAAGCAAAAUAUUGUCUCAGGCUCCUCCACUGAGUCUAAAUACAGGGCUGUGGCUAAUGCACUUUCUGAAACCUUAUGGUUCACCAAUCUCUUAA